AUGGCGGAAAGGAAUUUUAGGCCUGUCAGUGUCAACAUACAGUGUCGAGAAGAACGGAACCCACCUGCAGAACUAAAACUUGAUAACGGCCUUAUUCAAAUCAAUGUUAAGCGUUUCCCUGAUAACUCGGAACUAUCCAUCCAAGAAGAAUCGAAAAUCGGAAAUUUGAGUUUGUUUUGUGACAAUAUGAGCCUAAUAUGGCGUAUGUUUGAUAAGUUGCAAGUUAAUGGAGACUGUUCAGAAGACGCGCGUAAGUCGAUUUCGAAGUAUGUUGCUGAUACUGCUAAAAGAGUUAUCGGAGGUAGUGCAGAUAUGAAGCGAUUUUUUGUUUAUGUACAUCUGGAAGUUGUUACUAUUGAGGAUAAUAAUGAUGAUGGGGAUGAAAGAUUAAGUGACGACAAAGAUACGGAUAUGGAAAGUGAAGAAGAAUAUACAAGUGAUGAAGAAUUUACAAGUGGCAAUAAUGAUAUGAACACGGUUGUGGAGUUGUCGCUAGAUGGGUAUGAAAAUAAAAAGGUUGGUGCCUCAAGGUCUGCUAUUGAAGGAUUGAAACGAGAAAGAUAUUCUUAUGGAAGUGGUGGAGAUAAUCCUGCGAAGAACAGUUCUGAUGCUAAUGCUUGUGUUAUUUGUAUGGAAAAGUUUGAAGCUGGAACAGUGGUCAGAUACAUGCCGUGCUCACAUAUCUUUCAUGAAGUUUGUCUUGUCCCUUGGCUUCAGGAGAACAAUUCUUGUCCGCUUUGUCGCUUAGAGAUUCAAAGUUGUUCUCACAUCAAUCUGCUGUUUAAGUUUUCAGUUUCCGCUGCUCAUAAGUUGUAA